UCGGAUAAAUGGGAACCUAUUCUUAACGGAGGUCCAGAGUACAUGCAGAAAUCUCAAAUAUUAACCAGAGUCAUGCAGCCUCAAAUUCAAAGUUUAUUUCCAAGCGACAAUUUAUAGCAUCAAUUUUGCAAAUAGUAAACAUCGUUAGCGGUGACAGAACGAGGAGGAAGAGUCGGGGCUGUUCAGAGGAGCCAGUGGUUUAGUUUCGUAAAGGGCUUCUGGCUUUUUUUAUUUAAUGAAGUGCUUUGAUUAUUUCUGGUCAGCAUGAGUUCGAGUUCGUAUUUCGUCAACCCGGCGUUUUUCCCGACCUAUCCUCAUGCGGGGGAACAGUUUUAUGCGACCCCUUCCGGCAGUUACGAACUAUCAUCGUGUGCUUUUAGCAAAAACCCGAAGACCUCCUCCUAUUCAUCAAGCUCCUCGCCGAGCCUAGUGGCGACGUCCAAGCCACCAUGCACCCAACAGCUCGGCGCCGCCACUUUUUACGGCGGAGGCACGUUAUCGAACUUUUCAACGACGGCAGGGUACGGCGACCACUCGACGACGUCGGCAGGUUACGGGUCCAUGUCGCAGCCGAUAUCGCCAACGAGUGCGUGGGAUUCGAGGAUGGCCGCCACGUAUAAUUCAGCGUCGUGGGGCAGCACGGCGGCGGAGUUAGGGGACGGGAGCUACCGGGGUAGAGUGAGCGCACUGACUGCUGGUACGGGGUGUUUGGUAUCAGCAGCAGCUGAACCUAACAACAAUCAUUGCUCGCAAGUGAUGUCCCCCUGUAAAUCUACCUCAGGUUAUCCAUGGAUGCCCGUUUCAGGUCCGAAUGUUGGUCUUGAAGUCGGCAGGAAAAGGUGUCGGCAGACUUACACCCGCUACCAGACACUCGAACUUGAGAAAGAGUUUCACUUCAACCGCUAUCUGACACGAAGAAGACGAAUCGAACUCAGUCAUCUCCUCGGAUUGACAGAACGACAGAUCAAGAUCUGGUUCCAGAACAGACGGAUGAAAUACAAGAAAGAGAGCAAGAACAAGGAGGAAGGAGGAUCGGGGGAAGGGGAAGGAGAAAACGAGAGCGAAUCGACGGGUACGGAGAACGCUCAGCCUCAGAGCGCCGUACACGGCGUGACGAUACUGGAAAAACCGUCGUCGUUAGUACUACACGUAGAUGAUACCGUGGGACUAAACGCUGUACGGCAUUCAUGAAAAGGUUG